AUGACGUUCGGUGCAAGCUGCUCUCCAAGCUGUGCACAGUUCGUCAAAAACACGAAUGCAGAACGAUUUGCCACGGAAUUUCCGGAAGCAGUCAACGCUAUCAUCAAUGACCACUACGUGGAUGAUAUGCUCAGUAGUGUCGAAACAGAGCAAGAAGCUAUCGACCUGGCAAUUAACGUUCGAGAUAUCCAUGCACAAGGUGGCUUCAAGAUUAGAGGAUGGCGAUCAAACUCAAGCAAGGUGCUGGUAGCACUGCACGAGCAGCAGGGAGACGAGAAAAGUUUAAACGUGACAUCGCAGUUCUCAACAGAGAAGGUACUGGGCAUGUGGUGGAGCUCCUCUGCUGACACAUUCACCUUCAAACUUCCCACUAAACCUGAUAAAGAUCUCCUCAGUGGCAAAAGAGUCCCAACUAAGAAAGAAGUUGUGCGAGUACUUAUGAGCAUCUUUGAUCCGUUAGGACUCCUUGUCAACGUCUUAAUGUACCUCAAAAUUCUGAUCCAAGAAAUUUGGCGUUCGAACAUCGACUGGGAUGAAACAAUCACAGCAGUUCAACUCGCAAAAUGGCAUACCUGGUUGAAAGUAAUCGAGAAGGUAGAAACCGUCUCAGUUCCCAGAUGCUAUCGCUUAAUUACUUCAUGCUCACCACAAACCAAUGUGCAACUGCACGUGUUCGUAGACGCAAGUAUAAAUGGAAUAGCAGCGGUCGCUUACUUGCGGUUUGAAGAAGAUGACAAAAUUGAAUGCUCUUUCGUAGCAGCCAAAACAAGAGUUGCGCCCAAUAAGCUGACGUCGAUUCCCCGGCUUGAAUUACAAGCAGCUGUUAUCGGAGUUCGUCUUGCUCAGACAAUCGCAGAAAGUCACCGUAUCAAUAUCAAUAAACGAUUUUUUUGGACGGAUGCUCGCGACGUUCUUUGCUGGUUACACUCCGACCAUAGGCAAUUUAGCCCGUUCGUUGGAUUUCGGGUCGGCGAAAUUUUGGAAAGCACUGAACUAUAUGAAUGGCGCUGGGUGCCCACCAAACUGAAUCCAGCGGACGACGGAACGAAAUGGCAGAAAACUCCCGAUCUUUCUUCUGAUAGCAGAUGGCUUCGGGGACGUGGCUUUAUCUGGGAACAGCAAACUGCGUGGCCUGAAAUGCUGACGCACAUUGGUACGACAUCAUUGGAAUUGAAGCACUCGGUCGGACUACACUGCGUCACUGUUCCAGUGGUAAGCUGCGAGAAUUUUUCGACAUGGAUUCGCCUUCUGCGUCAUAUAGCCCAGCUAAAGCGAUACAUUCAAAAUCUCAAGGCUACAAAAAAUGGAACCGCACUCACGUUUGGCGAACUCACUCAAGAAGAAUUGUUAACGGCUGAAACAUACCUAUUUCGUUUGGCACAGGAAGCAGUCUAUCUCGAGGAAAUUGCGAUUCUCAUCAAAGCAGCUAACUCUGGCGAUAAUUAA